AUGGAAGUUAACUUGGAUGAAGCAACCAAGGAGAUUGCAGAUGAGAAGGGAGUAGAUGAGAAAACUAAAGAAGAAGCUGAUGUAGCAAAGGGUGAUACAAGUGCUAGUGCUAAUAAAGAAAAAGGAGAAGAAAAGGUUGAUGAGGCACUGGACAUGAUUUCGGCGGGAACGGACACUGCUGCCCGAACGGUAGAAUGGGCGAUGCCCGAGCUGAUCCGCCAUCCUCAUCUAAUAAAGAAAGUCAGAGACGAAGUGGAUGCAUGUAGUAGUAUCGGAAACUCUUCGACUGCAAUCCCCAACGCCACUUAUGCUUCCUCACGCAUCUCCAGACAGUUCGAGGGUAAUGUGUGGGCCAUAGCAAGAGAUUCAAAUGCGUGGGACAAGCCGCUGGAAUUUGAUCCUGAUCGCUUUGUGGACAACCCCGUGCAUUUCGAUGGACGAGAUUUUCGAAUAACACCGUUCGGUUCAUGCAUUUGA